CUCCACCUCCUCCUCCUCCCCCCACACGCCGCGCUCGCCCCUCAUCUCUCUCUCUCUCUCUCUCUCUCUCUCUCUCUCUCCUCCUCCCGCUCCAAACUCCCGCGGAAGGGGAAAGGCAAGCAAAACCCCCCGCGACCCCCGUGCGCUCGCGCCGUCCGCGCGCCCCGGAGGAGAUCCCGCGAUCCGGCUCCCGGUGCCGCGGAGGUCGAAGAGGCGGCGGGUUGAAGAAGGGCCUCUCCGCGGCGGCUCGGGGGGGUCUUCGCGCGCUGCCUUCUAGGCGGCGCUCUCGAGGUACAUAUUUGUUACUUCAGUGAGCUGAUUUCCUGAGGUCCACAUUGAUGUGGUUUGUUCUGGGAUUUUCUAUUCUUCAUGGAUCCCCUUAAGAACGAAGUGAAGAAGGCUACUCUUGUUGAUGAGACUCUAAGACCACCAUUAGUUCCAUCAGAGAAGCACAAUGCUUUCCGUGGGAGGGAUGUUGCAUCCAGGUACAAAACUGGUCCGGCUGAUGCCACUAAAACAAGAAGAUGCACAUCACCAAGUCUUGGCCGGACAUCAGCAACUGAAGGCACACCAGCACCCAAAAGAGCGCAAUCAGCAGAUAGAAGAAGACCGUCAACACCUUCAACUCCUACCUCUAGGGUGUCAACACCCUCAACACCUACGCCAAGGUCCAUUACACCAGUUCGUGAUACUGCCAGAGACUUACACAAGAAUUCCAAGCGUAUAGCAAGCACAAAGGCUCCUGAUGGCUUGUGGCCAGCGAUGCGUAACUUGUCUUCCUCCUUCCAGUCAGAAUCUGUGUCUACACCUGCUACUAGAAAAGAUAAGGUAAUCUCUGCCUCGUCGUUGGAUUGUACCAAGGGUCAGGGAAGUGUGCUAACCGAGAGGAAGAGAAGUCCUUUCAGAAGGAAAAACACUGGUGAACAAUGUGAAAAUGCCCAACCUUCAGAAGAACCCCCUAAGAGGGUAAUUGAGCAACACAGAUGGCCAGCCAUGAUAGGUGGGCAGGUGCCAAAGAAUCUCAUGUCAAGAAGUAUUGACCUUUCUGGCAAAACUACCAGACCAGUCCCUUCGGCAAAUACUUCAAGAGGCAUUUCUCCAAGGAAGACCCCUUCUGUUGAAUCUUCAGACAAAGGGUUGAGUCCAUCAUUGGAUGAAGUGGCAAGAAGUUUGGCUAUUCAGGCAAGCAGAAGAGAUGGUAAGGCAGAUUCACAGAAAACAGAGAGAUCUAAAUCUGUGAGCCGACCAAACAGAACAGCUACUUUUCCUGUUCCAGUUCUACAGCGUUCAUCGUCACCAAACAAGGCAUUGCCAGCUGCAUCCUCAACUUCCAGGGCCUUUCAGAGCCCAUCUCGGACAAGGCCUUCAACACCCUGUCGGUCACAAAGUGCUGGAGCUAUUCAACCUAGUGUUACAUCUCCUCUUAUUAAUUACAUGGUUGAUGCGAGAAAAGGAAAGAAAAAUGCCAGCCAAAUCGAAUACAUCCACCAACUGCGUUUAUUGUACAAUAGACAUUUGCAGUGGCUCUUUAUAAAUGCUAAUGCAGAAGAUACUCUAUCUUUUCAAAAGGUCACUGUUGAGAAUGCCAUUUAUAAUGUUUGGAGGAAUACCAUAGAUCUGCGGGAUUCUGUUAAUGUGAGAAGAAUAAUGGUGCAACACCUUCAGCAAGAACUCAGGCUGUACAACAUUCUGAAAGAACAGAUUGCUUACCUUGAACAGUGGCCGACACUAGAAAGGGAGAACAGUAUCUCUUUAUUUGGGGCAACUGAGGCUCUGAAAGCAAGCACACUGCGCUUGCCAGUUACAUCGGGAGCUAAGGCUGAUGCAAUUGCUCUUAAGAAUGCUGUAAGCUCAGCUGUUGAUGUCAUGCAAGGUUUGGGUUCAUCUGUUUGCUGCAUGUUUUCAAAGAUCACAGACCGGGAAUCCUUGGUUUCAGAACUUUCUGUGAUAGCAGGACAAGAAAAGGUCAUGCUAGAUGAAUGCAGAGAACUCUUGGCUACAGCUGCAAAACUGCAGGUGCAUGAGUCCAGCAUACGGACACAUCUUAUGCAACAGAGACACAGGCUUCAUGACAUGAAUUAAGAAGUUGAUCAAGAUGUAAAAGCCCCAGGCCAUGCCAUCGAACAGGUACAACUGUGCAAAGUUGAACCUGCAACUUAAGAUAUCAUGCAAACUGCAACAAAAAAGGAAUCUGUACAGAUGAAACAAUAGGAACAAAACAAUUGUUGAACAUCCCCUGGAGAUCAUGGUGUGAUGCUGUGCAGCUAACUACCUGAAGUGCGUAGAUAUGAUAGGUUUACUUAAAAGACCUCAUCAUAUGUAAAUCAUUUUCACCAUAUAGUGCACUCCCAGCAUUUCUAGUCCUUUUCUUAUUUUUGUUCCUUGUAUAGAGUAGAGCCCUCUUCUUUCCCAUUGUAAUUUUUUGACAUUUGGAAAGAAAUACAUAGAUGAAAUGGAUGGGCAAAGGUGGAGAUCAGAAAAUUUGUUUCAGUUGUCCUUUUUAGAAA